GAAUUGAAAGCACAACAGUUCAGUUUGUGUUCUGACAAUCAGUGCAUCUCUCUUAGUGGUUAUGACUGCCAAAGAAGGUAUCAAAGAAGAAAUCUCCUGUCUUACUGCAAGCAAAAAUCAACAGAAAAAUACCUACCUGUGUUCCUUGCCUUCCUAGGACAACUAUUCCCUGUCAGCCCCUUGAAUUCACUCCUAAUUCACAUUUUAUCAGUGAUGGUUUUUCAGUAUAAAAAUGAGAAAGUGUCAAGUUCCUCAAGAGCAUGUGCCACUUUUGAAAUCCUGAGAAUCACUGGCAUAUUCCUCUGCUAAAAGCAACUAAAGAUUCUGCAGUGGGCAAGCCAUCCAUGUCAAUGGUGUGGUUCUUCCUGAUAAAUCUGAUAUUUAUCUAAUAAAUCUGACAGACACUGAUAUCUUGUUAAGCUCAUUAUAGUCCAGUGAACACCUGGCCAUGGUGUUUGCAUUGCCAAGGCUUUUACAGUUUCCCUGCAUGAUGUGCAGUCACCAGUUUUACAGCUGUGAUGGCAACCUACAAAAGGGAAAUAUGGAAAGAGAAUAUUUAGCCUUUAUUGGCAUUUCCAUUAUAAAUAAGAGAUCUGAGGUGAUGGCUUUCCCAGACUCACAGGGAAGAGAGAUGUUUUCCCUUUAAAAAAAAAAAAAAAAAAAAAAAGCAAAAGCUAUGGUACAAGGGGACAACCCAAAACUUGGCAGACAGCGGUACUGCAGCAGUAGGACAUACAACACAUACAGGAAAGCUGACAAUCAAGUUUUUAAGUCAUGUAUUCACACGCAUUUCGGGGAAAAGGGAUUUCUCUGCUAUAACGCAGUUCUCCCCAAGGAUACCCGUCUGCCCUCCCUCGCUGUGGGUGCAGGCUCAGCUCCCAGCGCCGCGCUGAUCCCGGUUGUGGUUGGCUCCAGGCAUCAGAGCAAGGAGAACACGGUGUUAUUUUGGCUGAAGUGCUCAGCUUCAAGACUUCACUUUGCUCCUCACAGCUUGGAGGGAUAUGAAGCCAAUUGGAAAAGUGCUUUGUGCUACAGGGGUUGUAGCUGGGCUCAUAGCUUUCUUCUGGAAAGACGACUUUAACCCAGAGAGCCUGUCUGGUGCCCGUGUUCUCGUGACUGGAGCCAGUGCUGGGAUUGGAGAGCAGAUAGCAUAUCACUAUGCCAGAUUUGGUGCUGAAAUUGUGUUGACUGCCAGAAGGGAAACUGUGCUGCAGAAGGUGAUGGAGAAAUGCCUGACACUUGGAGCAAAGAAAAUAUUUUAUAUUCCUGCAGAUAUGUCUUCCCCUUCAGAGCCUGAAAAGGUCAUUCAGUUUGCUGUCCAAAAGCUGGGGGGCCUGGAUUACCUCGUGUUGAACCACAUCGGCACAAAUCGUUUCCAGGAGUGGACGGGGGAUGUGGAAUACACCCGCUGGCUCAUGCAGGUGAAUUUUUUGAGUUAUGUGGCUCUUGCAACAGCAGCUCUUCCCACCCUGGAGAAGAAUAGAGGUGCUUUAGUGGUUGUUUCUUCCCUCACAGGGAGAAUGCCCACUCCCUUCACCACUUCUUACUCUGCCACCAAGUUUGCACUGGAUGGAUUCUUCAGCUCACUGCGCCACGAGCUCAUCAUGCAGAAGAGAGAUGUGUCUGUCACACUGUGCAUCCUGGGCCUGAUUGAUACUGAUUCAGCACUGGAGUACACCAGGGGCAAAGUGCACAUCAGUGCCUCCCCUGCUCCCGAGGCCGCGCUCGCCAUCGUCCGGGGCGGAGCCACUCGGGCGCACGAGGUUUUCUACCCGCGGUGGCUGCAGCAGCUCUGCUGCCUCUGGGCUCUGUUCCCCAGCAGCGGGAACCACGUGCUCCGGACUUUCUAUAACUACAGCAGUCCCUAGGGAUGCCCAGGAUCCUCAUUCUGUAUCCCUUCUACUCACAUGCCUGCAUCCCACUGAGCAUCCUGCUCAAACACUGGUGUCACAGGAGCAGGGCAGCAGUGGUGGCAAAGUCCCCUUUUCCUAACAUGACUCGUGCUCUCUAAUCCUGCUUCACCAUGGUUCUGCUGCUGCUACCCAUCAGUCAGAGAUCCUUCCCCCUGUUCACUCUGCCUCCCAUCUCCCCUCCUCCUUCAGCCUCACCUGCUCUAACUGCACCCAGCCUUUUCUCAGCCCCAGCAGCUUUAACCCUGUCUGUCUGCACAGGAUCUCCUGCAAUGUCUGUACAUUCCUGGGCCAUCCUCCUCCAGUUUAGAUUCCACUAACUCUCUUGCUUCCCCUAAGUAGAAUUUUAAUCUCUAUUUUAAAUAAACAAGUUUUUAAUGUGUUGGUAUUAUGUGUUGGUGCUUCCUCUGUGAAGAAACAUUGGUCCCCUGGAUUCUGUGGGCCAAGGCCUGUUUGCUGACCCCAUGUGACCUGUUAAAUUAGCCAGGGCUUUGGCAAUGUCUUCAAGUGUAAGCAUUACCUAAAAGCAGGUGCAACUAACAACAUGAAAUAGAGCCCAAAUUACUUAGCAAGUAAAACUUUUAUUAAAUAAAUUUAGGAUUUUUUUUUUUACCAGAGUGAGGAAUUUGACAUUGACAAAGCUUGUAUCGCACCUGUAACAUUGUACAGUCACAUCAGUAACUGUGAUGGAAGAAACUGUAAAUGCUUGUUUUAAACCAGCUUGAUCUAGGAUUCCCAAAGUCCUUUUUUUUUCCCAUUUUGCAUUUGUUCAUCUUUUUUCUUUUUUUUUUUUGUUUUGUUCAAAAUUAGACUAAGUUUAAACUUCAUGAAAUUACUUGUAGCAGAAAUAAAGUACAUUAUACAAAUCACAUACAUAAUAGAUGUUAAGUAUAAAAAUGGUAUUUACAAUAAGUAAACAUGGACUAUAGAAACACACAGACUCUCACAGCUUCAUUCACCUCUCAUAAACUCUCAGCGUCAGACACAUGAGGGUGCUUGAGGAGAUCUGAAGGUACUUAAAGGACUGUGCCACAAACACCUGAACAAAGGGCAAACUGGAGGAGAAUGAGAGUUGGCCGAGAUUCUCCAAAAUCCCCAUAGCUCACUUCAGCAUCAAUUGCACCAACUU